CUGACGGCUCCGGGAGUAACAUGGCGGCCAAGGGGGCUUGCAGCGGGUCGCGGGGGUUUUAUUUUAACACUGUGCUGUCGCUGGCCCGUUCCCUGGCAGUGCAGAGGCCUGCUGCAUUUGAGAAGGUGCAGAAGCUGCUGUGCAUGUGCCCUGUCGAUUAUCAUGGGGUUUUUCAGCUGGAUGAAAGGCGAAGAGAUGCACUUAUUGCUUUAGGAAUAUUUCUGGUGGAGUCAGAUCUUCAGCACAAAGAGACUGUAGUUCCAUACCUUUUGAGACUCUUGAGGGGACUUCCAAAGGUGCAGUGGAUAGAGGAAAGCAAUUCUCGUAAGGGAAAAGGGACGCUUCCAGUGGCAGAAACCUUCAGCUUCUGUUUAGUUACACUACUGUCGGAUGUUGCGCACAGGGAUCUGUCCUUCAGAGAGCAGAUCUUAGAAGCUGUUUUGGAUGUGAUGCAGUGUCUGCUGGGAAUGUGCCAGUCACCCCAAAUUCAGGAUAAAGAAUACUUGUGUAAAUAUGCAGUUCCAUGCUUGAUUGGAAUCUCACGGGCCUUUGGACGAUACAGCAACACUGAAGAGUCUCUUUUAUCCAAGCUGUUCCCCAAAGUUUCCCCACAGUCACUAAAGGCGCCAGAGGAAUUAGAAGGAAUACGUAGACGUUCCUUUAAUGACUUCCGCUCCAUCCUGCCAAGCUCACUGCUUACAGUGUGCCAGGGGGAUUCUCUAAAGCGGAAAGCCAGCAGUGUUUCAAGUGGCUCACAGGUUAGCCCUGAUCGCAUUGUUCCUCCUCCAGGCUCACCUGCCGGCUCUACUAUUCCUUACUUUGAAGGGUCAUAUUUGCCAGAUGGCAGUGCUGUGGAUCCUGACUAUUACCUUACCACCAUCAGCUCUAGUUUCUCAGUCUCACCUCUCUUCACUGGUGUCAACAACAAGGAGUUUGAUAUGCCCCAAGAUACUUUGCGUCAGCUACUCCAUAUGGUGAAACAGAUUGUGGCAGACCCAUUCCUGAGUUCUUUGGAUAUGCUCAUCUCUGAAGUUACAGAAGCCAAUCCUAGUGUGGACCUAUAUUAUAAAACAUUCAGUGAUCCCCUCUACGUGGCAGUGUUUAAGAUGCUCAGAGAUACACUUUAUAAUGUUAAAGAUCCCCAUACUUCAUUUGUGAAGGAGAUUCAUGACUUUGUGCUUGAACAGUUUAACAGCAGCCAGGGUGAGCUGCAGAAAAUUCUACAUGAUAUGGAUCGACUGAAUAAUGAACUCAGCCCCUUGAAAUUACGUUGUCAGGCAAAUGCAGCAUGUGUGGACCUUAUGGUGUGGGCUGUCAAAGAUGAACAAGGUGCAGAAAAUCUUUGCAUCAAACUAUCUGAAAAGCUGCAGUCCAAGACAUCUAGCAAAGUGAUUAUAGCCCAUAUGCCACUUCUAAUAUGCUGUUUACAGGGGCUAGGGCGUCUUUGUGAGCGGUUUCCUGUAGUUGUCCAUUCUGUGACGCCUUCGCUUCGAGAUUUUCUUGUUAUCCCAUCUCCGGUGCUGGUGAAGCUUUAUAAAUACCAUAGCCAAUAUCAGACAGGUGCUAAUGAUAUAAAGAUCAGUGUAACCAAUGAGCAUUCCGAAUCCACUAUGAACAUUAUGUCUGGCAAGAAAAGCCAGGCAUCUAUGUAUGAACAGCUACGGGAUAUUGCCAUAGAUAACAUCUGCAGGUGUUUAAAAGCUGGGUUAACCAUAGAUCCUGUCAUUGUUGAAGCUUUUCUUGCCAGUUUAUCAAAUCGCUUGUAUAUAUCUCAGGAGAAUGAAAAGGAUGCUCAUUUGAUACCUGAUCAUACAAUCCGUGCGUUGGGGCACAUUGCUGUUGCUCUAAGGGACACCCCCAAAGUGAUGCAACCCAUCCUGCAGAUCCUUCAGCAGAAGUUCUGCCAGCCCCCUUCACAGCUGGAUGUGCUCAUUAUAGACCAACUAGGGUGCAUGGUGAUCACUGGCAAUCAAUAUAUCUAUCAAGAAGUGUGGAACCUUUUCCAGCAGAUUAGUGUGAAGGCCAGUUCAGUGGUAUACUCUGCCACCAAGGACUAUAAAGACCAUGGCUACAGACACUGCUCCUUGGCUGUGAUUAACGCCCUGGCAAAUAUUGCAGCCAACAUCCAGGGAGAGCACCAGAUAGAUGAUUUGCUGAUGAAUUUGUUGGAGCUUUUUGUGCAGCUAGGACUAGAAGGAAAGAGAGCCAGUGAGAGGGCUAGCGAAAAGGGGCCUGCAUUGAAGGCCUCCAGCAGUGCAGGAAAUCUGGGAGUGCUGAUACCCGUAAUUGCUGUGCUCACCCGAAGGCUUCCACCAAUAAAAGAGGCCAAGCCACGACUUCAGAAACUCUUCAGAGAUUUUUGGUUGUACUCUGUGCUGAUGGGUUUUGCAGUGGAAGGAUCAGGUCUCUGGCCUGAGGAAUGGUAUGAAGGUGUCUGUGAAAUUGCCACUAAAUCUCCUUUGCUGACGUUCCCCAGCAAAGAGCCUCUGCGCUCUGUACUGCAGUACAACUCUGCCAUGAAAAAUGACACUGUAACGCCAGCAGAACUUAAUGAGCUGAGAAGCACAAUUAUCAACCUUCUUGAUCCUGCUCCGGAAGUGUCUGCACUCAUCAACAAACUGGACUUUGCCAUGUCUACCUACCUGCUCUCUGUGUACCGCCUGGAGCACAUGAGGGUUCUGCAUGCCACUGAUAAGGAUCGAUUUCAAGUUAUGUUUUUUUACUUCGAGGAUAAAGCUAUCCAAAAGGAUAAAUCAGGUAUGAUGCAGUGUGUUAUUGCAGUAGCAGACAAAGUGUUUGAAGCUUUUCUGAACGUGAUGGCUGAUAAGCCUAAAACAAAGGAGAACGAGGAAGAAUUGGAGCGCCAUGCACAAUUCCUGCUGGUAAACUUUAAUCACAUCCACAAGCGCAUUCGACGGGUCGCUGACAAAUACUUGUCAGGGCUAGUGGACAAAUUUCCCCAUUUGCUGUGGAGUGGUACUGUGCUGAAAACCAUGCUGGACAUACUGCAGACUCUUUCCUUGUCUCUUAGUGCAGACAUUCACAAAGACCAGCCUUAUUAUGACAUUCCAGAUGCACCUUAUAGAAUAACCGUUCCCGAUACCUAUGAGGCCAGAGAGAGCAUUGUCAAAGACUUUGCAGCUCGAUGUGGCAUGAUUCUUCAGGAAGCAAUGAAAUGGGCUCCUUCAGUGACCAAGUCCCACCUGCAGGAAUAUCUAAACAAGCACCAGAACUGGAUGUCUGGCCUUUCCCAGCACACUGGUCUUGCCAUGGCUACUGAAAGCAUACUGCAUUUUGCUGGGUACAACAGGCAGAAUACUACCUUGGGGUCUCCAGCUUCCUCUGCCCAGGUGACACAACUAACAGAAAGGCCAGCCUGUGUCAAGAAGGAUUAUUCAAACUUCAUGGCAUCUCUCAACCUGCGCAACCGUUAUGCUGGAGAGGUUGCAGGCAUGAUUGAGUUUUCUGAUGCCACUGGCCGAACUUCUGACUUAAAUAGGCUCAUGCUGAAGCACCUGGGCGAUGCCUUGGACUGCGGCCAACCAGAGUCUUAUACACAGGUCAUGUUCAAACUUACUGCGCUGCUCAUUAGCAGCAAAGAGUGUGAUGCUCAGCUUCUGCACCACCUGUGCUGGGCACCCCUGCGGAUGUUCACUGAUCAUGGUAUGGAGACCGCUAUUGCCUGCUGGGACUGGUUGCUUGCAGCUAAAAAUGGCAUUGAAGUACCGUUUAUGCGUGAAAUGGCUGGUGCUUGGCAAAUGACUGUAGAGCAAAAGAUUGGACUUUUCUCAGCAGAAAAGAAGGAGGCAGAUCCUCUUGCUGCAUCUGAACAGAGCCAACCACGUCCAUGUGCACCACAAGUGAACCCACAUUAUAUUUGGAUUGAUUUUCUCAUGCAAAGGUUUGAGAUUGCCAAAUACUGCAGCUCUGAUCAGGUGGAAAUCUUCUCCAGCCUUCUGCAGCGCUCCCUGUCCCUAAACAUUGGUGGUUGUAAAGGAAGUCUUAACCGACAUGUGGCAGCUAUUGGCCCUCGAUUUAAGUUGCUGACUCUCGGGCUGUCCCUGUUACAUGCAGACGUGGUCCCAAAUGCGACAAUCCGGAAUGUCCUUAGAGAAAAGAUCUACUCUACAGCAUUUGAUUAUUUUAGUUGCCCUCCUAAGUUCCCGACUCAGACGCAGAAGCUGCUAAGGGAGGAUAUCAGCAUCAUGAUCAAGUUCUGGACAGCCAUGUUUUCUGAUAAAAAAUAUCUCACUGCCAAUCAGCUAGUACCCCCAGAUAAUCAAGACCCUUCUGUAAACAGCUUGUCUGUGAUGUCAGAUGUGAACCGCAGCAAUUUGGAUGUGACUGUUGGCUCCCGACAGCAAACAGCUCAGGGCUGGAUCAAUACAUACCCUCUGUCCAGUGGAAUGUCCACCAUCUCUAAAAAAUCUGGUUUAGCAAAGAAAACAAACCGUGGGACUCAGCUGCACAAGUACUAUAUGAAGAGGCGGACUCUGUUGCUGUCACUUUUGGCCACUGAGAUUGAACGCCUGACCACAUGGUACAACCCCUUGUCCUCCCCUGAGUUGGAACUGGAUCAGACAGGUGAAAACAGUGUGGCUAACUGGAGAUCUAAGUACAUUAGUUUGAGUGAGAAGCAGUGGAAGGACAAUGUGAACUUAGCAUGGAGCAUCUCCCCUCACUUGGCUUUGCAAUUACCCACCAGGUUCAAGAACACUGAGGCUAUUGGGGGAGAAGUGACCCGCCUGGUUAGAUUGGACCCAGGAGCAGUGAGUGACACUCCAGAAGCAAUAAAGUACUUGGUAACAUGGCACACAAUAGAUGCUGAUGCUCCUGAACUUAGUCACAUACUCUGCUGGACACCGACUGACCCACCUACAGGACUCUCCUACUUCUCUAGCAUGUACCCACCACAUCCACUUACUGCGCAAUAUGGCGUGAAAGUGCUGCGAUCAUUCCCACCGGAUGCAAUCUUGUUCUACAUUCCGCAGAUAGUUCAAGCCUUGAGAUAUGAUAAGAUGGGUUACGUUCGAGAAUACAUUCUAUGGGCAGCUGCCAAAUCACAGCUUUUGGCUCAUCAGUUUAUUUGGAACAUGAAGACAAAUAUUUUCCUUGAUGAGGAAGGGCACCAAAAAGACCCUGAUAUUGGAGAACUAUUGGAGCAGCUGGUUGAAGAAAUUACAGGAUCUCUGUCUGGGCCAGCCAAGGAUUUCUACCAGCGAGAAUUUGACUUUUUCAAUAAGAUCACAAAUGUCUCUGCCAUCAUUAAGCCAUUUCCAAAAGGAGAAGAACGGAAAAAGGCCUGUCUGAACUCUCUUUCAGAAGUAAAAGUGCAGCCAGGUUGUUACCUGCCCAGUAAUCCAGAAGCCAUUGUGUUGGACAUUGAUUACACAUCUGGGACCCCUUUGCAGAGUGCUGCGAAGGCUCCUUAUUUGGCCAAAUUUAAGGUGAAGCGAUGUGGAGUAAGUGAACUGGAGAAGGAAGGUCUCAGCUGCCGUUCAGAUUCUAUUGAUGAGAGUGAGGAGGAAGGUGGAGAUGGGAAGGUUUGCUGGCAAGCGGCUAUCUUUAAGGUCGGAGAUGACUGCAGACAGGAUAUGCUGGCUCUGCAGAUCAUUGGUCUCUUUAAGAACAUUUUCCAGCUGGUGGGACUUGAUCUCUUUGUUUUCCCAUACAGAGUGGUAGCAACAGCUCCAGGGUGCGGAGUUAUUGAAUGUAUACCAGACUGCACCUCGCGGGACCAGCUCGGUCGCCAAACAGAUUUUGGAAUGUAUGACUAUUUUACUCGGCAGUAUGGGGAUGAAUCAGCUCUUGCUUUCCAAAAGGCUCGAUAUAACUUUAUCCGAAGUAUGGCUGCCUACAGCCUCCUGCUGUUCCUGCUCCAGAUUAAAGAUCGACAUAAUGGAAAUAUCAUGUUGGAUAAAAAGGGGCACAUUAUCCACAUUGAUUUUGGUUUCAUGUUUGAAAGCUCCCCAGGGGGCAACCUGGGAUGGGAGCCAGAUAUAAAGCUUACUGAUGAGAUGGUGAUGAUUAUGGGGGGCAAGAUGGAAGCUACACCUUUCAAAUGGUUCAUGGAGAUGUGCGUGCGUGGCUACUUAGCUGUAAGGCCGUACAUGGAUGCUGUGGUGUCCCUAGUCACUCUUAUGCUGGACACAGGAUUGCCAUGUUUCCGUGGACAAACCAUUAAACUACUGAAGCAGAGGUUCAGCCCCAACUCAACAGAGAGGGAAGCAGCCAAUUUCAUCUUAAAGGUCAUUCAAAAUUGCUUCCUCAGCAACAGGAGCCGAACCUACGAUAUGAUCCAGUAUUAUCAGAAUGACAUCCCCUACUGAUCCAUAAUGUGACCCUCUAUCUUAUGUAGUGAGGAAUAGUUCUACAGUUUUCAGUGCACACAUAUUUUGCCCUCAAUCUCAAUCUCAAUGAGGAAAAGCUGUGAUUUUAGAAGCAAGAGCAUUGAAAGGCGGGGUUGGUGUAGUUGGCUGCCCAACUUCUAUAAAAGUUUUGCGUUUUUUUUUUUUUUUUUGCAAAAAAUUACGUUGCUACAUGAAGAAUCUUUACAAUGCAGGGAGUCUGUGUUACAGACUGAAGUGCAAUUGCUGGGUAACAAAAGAACACUUGUUUUUGUUCUGGAAAUCCUGUAUGGACUGAGGAUAUGUGGAUAGGAAAUGAUGUAUUAUUUAUAAACCUGAAAGAACCCUCCAGCAGCUCCUAGCUCUUUAUGAUGUGCUUUACUGUCACUUUACUGUAACUGUCCCACCUGGCACCUUACUCCUCAAUGCACUGUCGUCACACAGGGGUGCAGAGAUGAUGAAAGAAUCCCUUUGGAUUUCUUUUGGGAAACCCUGUAGAGUUGACAAUGUGCAGCAUUCCCACGCAAGAGAAACUUGUUUCACAAAGGAUAUAUAUGAAGAAACCCUAUUUUCAUUGUGUGUAUGUAAAAAUUCUAAAAUUGUAUUUAAUUUGUGAAUUGUAAUUAAAAUAACUUGUUUCAUGUA